UCUUGUUGUACUAGCUUGGAAUACUGCGCGACAUAAGGAUCUACAAAACCAUCUUCAUUUUUACGCAAUGGAUUAACAUUAAUCUGGAUAUUACCAUCUAUAAAUUCCGCCAAGUAGCCUGCAUUAUUUGAUUAUCUACUUCAAAGAGAACUUUUUUCAACUUAUUGGACACAUUUUUGCGCACAUUGUACAACAUGGCAAAUACUUGCUUGCAGUUCACGGGUUUUGCGAUGAGCUUUCUUGGUUGGAUCGGCCUCAUCAUUGCCACUGCCACUAAUGAAUGGGUAGUCACUUGUAAAUACAACAUGAACACCUGUAAGAAGAUGGAUGAACUGGAGGCCAAAGGUUUAUGGGCAGACUGUGUGAUCUCAACUGCGCUGUAUCACUGCAUCACACUCACGCAGAUUCUCGAGCUACCAGCGUACAUCCAGACGUCUCGAGCGCUAAUGGUCACAGCAUCGAUCCUCGGAUUGCCUGCUGUCGCGCUCGUGCUCAUGUCCAUGUCCUGUAUUAACCUCGGAAGUGAACCAGAAAGCGCUAAGAACAAACGAUCAGUGCUCGGAGGAACCAUAAUACUGCUGACUGCUUUUUGCGGCAUCAUCUCCACAGUGUGGUUUCCCAUCGGGGCCCAUCACGAGAGGGGCUUGAUGUCGUUUGGCUUCUCCCUGUAUUCGGGUUGGGUGGGCACUGCACUUUGUUUGCUGGGAGGCUGUAUGAUCACCUGCUGUUCAGUGGACACCCCUGCUACAGACACUGACAACAAUCGGUUCUACUACUCCAAACAGGGCCCCGUUCAUUCCGGCCCUGCCUCCACUAACCACGCCAAAAGUGCUCACGUGUGAGCUUCGGGAUUACUGCUCAGAUCUGAUUUCUACUCUCUCUCUCUCUCUCUUUCCUUCCACUUGUUUCAACAAUGUCUCUAUCUACAGUGGUGACUCUUUGGAUAGUUAUCUUGCAGCUGAACUCUGACCUUUUGACACGGCAGCGGGGUUUGUCACCCAGAUAUUACAUAAAUGACAGUCGCUGGUGACCUCCGAUGAAGGAUUCAGUGUUUAAAAGGGCUUCUACUGAUUCUUCUCAGUACAAUGUGCCAUUUCAAGUCCUAUUUUUGUAGUGAGAAAUGAAUUUUUGCAUUUUUAUAUGAAUACUAACAGUAUUGCCAUUGUUGUUUUUAUUCUAAAUCUUUCAGUUUAUUUCAGUCUGUUUGUGCAGCUGUAUUUUCAUUUUGUUUAAUUUCAGACCAUUUCACAAUAGCCACCCAAACAAAACUACCAAAAUUGGACCAACGCAGUAAUUACUUAGCAAUAUUAUUUAUUGUAAUACUUUGUAUGCAGUUUUUUUUGUUAUGUUUGUUGUAAUAAACAAUGUUGUCCAUGUGAAAUAGUUUUUUCUUAUAUUAUAGGCAAUAUGACAUUUUUUAUAUAUAAAACCCUCUGUCCUCUCUCCAAACUGAAGUGAACUGCUCUCAGCAGGACUGUAUACUGUUGAGAACGUGUUGUUUGCUGUCAGAUGCCCAGGCAGGUGUAGUGCAUCAUCAUUAAACCUCUCAUUCAUUCUCACUAAAAGCACUCGAGACACACAUACAACUUAGGCAUCUGAGACAUUUGUGUGUAUCGAUUUCUCUUACUCCAAUGAGAAAUUUGUCCCAUUACGACCAAUGGGAAACUCAAUGGCUGGCAGACAGCGCUGAUUAAGGUUAACGGUCACAUUCAGCCAUAAAGGCAGAUUUAUGCUCCGGGUGCGACGAGGCUCCGUCUUUGUUCUCUAGCCGGGAUCCUUGCACUGAAUGCUUCUUGUUUCACAUGGAGUUUCAGUGGACAUAGAGUCAAAAUUGGCUGAAUACUGAGGAUAUAAACAACAUGUGAAUGUUUCUGUACAUCGUGUGAAAAAGAAAACAUUAAUUUUAACCACUACAGUAUGAUUUAUCCUGUGUAGGGUGAUGUUUAGAUGUCAAAUAUUGCUUUUUUGUAGAUCUUAUACCUUCAGUCUUUGGUUAGAGGUAGUUUGGGGUGAAGUAAAUUCAAUGAACAAUUUCAUUGGAAUCUACAGUAUUUUUCUUUUCCAGAUAUUGCUGCAAAUAACAGCAUACAAGCAGAAAGAGAGAUAGUCAAAGCAGAGAUUGACCUGAACUAGAAGGAAUCAGGAAGAUUAAAAGUUUUUGUUAAUACAGCCUUCAUUCCUGUAUAUGUUCA